UAGGUUUUUUGCUUGACCGAAAGGAAACACGGUGAAGCCCGCCAUGCGGAUCGGUGCAUUGGCGCUGGUGCCGCUUGCGCUCGCGGUGCGGGAGCUUUCGGUCUCGCCAUAUCCCUUCGGGGGCAGCAGCAAGCCGGAUACCUACUUGGCCCAGGCUUCGGUUCAGUGCAACUCGCUCGGCGUGGGCGUGGACCUUUCGUUGGGCGUCUGGGAGGCGGAGGUGACCUGCAGCGCGUUGCCGCGGUGCGGGGGCUUCAUCUACAAGGAUGGGCAGCUGGAGAACUACUGCCAGGCCCAGAGUUUCGAUUCCGAUGCGCUUCGAAACGCCUCGGUGGGUUUCGUCCGCCACGUCUACGACCACGGCUGCGAGCUACGAAUCCGCCUGGAGGACUCCAUCGCUGGCCUGUCCUUCACCCGGGCGGCCUGCGUGGGUUCCGGCCGCCCGCCCAAGGCGCGAGUGGAGCGACGCCAGGCGCCCAAAGCUGCGGUGGUGCUGGAAGGUUCUUCCUACACCGUGGGUGCUGAGGCAUUCAUCACGUCUCAAGAGGCCAGCGAGCGCAGCUGGGAUGGGAGCUUCCACAGCAUGACGACGACGGAGGGGGUCACUUACUUCAUGCCAGGGGCCAGCCACGACACGAGAUCCCAGUAUGACUUCCCCAUCCACCUGGACGGGUACUACCCCCUCUUCGCGUCCCAGACAGCUGCCGAAGCCUUCGGCGGAUCUGCCACCGCUGUCGGCCCCACAGCAAGCGGCACGCCACGACAGUGGAGCCAACCGCCGGUGGAUGCGACCUACUGGGUGCCCUCUGGAGCCACCUUUUUCGCUGGGGACUUCGUAUCACCCUUCGCGAUGGACGGGUACUUCCCCUUGUACCUCACAGCAGAGGCCGCGGCCAAGGCCUCCAGCGACGGUCUCUCCCAGUCCCAUGGCCCCGGCUCCUCCACGGGCCGCCCCAGCGCCUGGUCCUCCGGCCACCGAGCCUUGUAUUUCAUGCCCGUGUCCGGGGUCGCCCAAUUCUAUGGUGACUACACCUUCCCUGCCUCUGCCCGCGACCUGCGCUACGGCACCGUGACGCACGGCGUCGUCGACUCCGAAGACUCCGCAGCAGCGGCGGCCGCAGCCGCGGCGGCCGCCGCCGAGUUUCCCAACACCGCGACCGCGGAGGCCGUGCUGGCAGCGGCGCCCGAGGCGGCGUGGUUCGCGAGGUAGUGCCAGCGAGGUGAACAAUUAUUGGGAAUCCUGCCCGUCCCCACGCAGUUUGGACCAGUGGUUUCUCAUGGUUUCUCUUUGAGGAUGAGCGCCGGCCUCUUGACUCACAUGGGCCGACGCUGAGGAGCAUCCCCGGCGGCUACCCAAAGCCUGCCAGGAAUACAGCUUGGACGCAUGCGCGAGAAAGGCUGCGAGAAUGCCGACCAGGAGGCGGUCAUUGAAUGCUCUUGCCAGCUCAGCAGAAAUGACGCUUGGCAGAGUCCGAGAGGCAGAAGUGGGCGUCAGAUUGUGUGAGGUUGCACUUGAGCUCGGCCAAUGUGCCGCAGGAUUUCAUGGCGACGGGGCAGAGAGACUAGGUCCCCCGGCUAGGUUCCCC